AUGGCGUGUCGUGGCGUGUCGUGGAGUGUCGUGGCGUGCUGUGGCGUGUUUCAGUGCGCCGCAGAGCCUUGCGGCACGUUGUGGAACGCUGCGGCACGUUGCGGCAUGCGGCGGCGUGCUGUGAACUUCGCCAGCUACGAUGUCUGCAGCAUCCUCCUGGGCACCUCCACGCUGCUGGUCUGGGUCGGGGUCAUUCGUUACCUCACCUUCUUCCAGAAGUACAACAUCCUCAUCGUCACCCUACGAGUGGCUCUCCCCAACGUCAUCCGCUUCUGCUGCUGCGUCGCCGUCAUCUAUUUGGGCUACUGCUUCUGCGGGUGGAUCGUUUUGGGCCCAUACCACGUCAAGUUCCGAUCCCUUUCCAUGGUGUCCGAGUGCCUCUUCUCCCUCAUCAACGGGGACGAUAUGUUCGUUACCUUCGCCGAGAUGCAACAGAACAGUUAUUUGGUGUGGCUCUUCAGCCAGAUCUACCUCUACACCUUCAUCAGCCUCUUCAUCUACAUGGUCCUCAGCCUCUUCAUCGCCCUCAUCACCGGCUCCUACGAAACCAUCAAGGUGAGGCCGGAUCCUCUCGCAGAAUCACAGAAUUUUCAGAGUGUGAAGGGACUCACGCCGAAGCCACCAGGAUGCGCACGAUGA